CGUCUCACAAGUCGACCACCUUUGACACGUUAGAAUGGAAACCUGGGUGAAACUCUCAACUGUGGUGUUACUGGCAGUGACAAUGGCAACUGUGGCAAAGUCAGCUCCACAAGUGAUUCUGGAUGAGCCAGAGGAAAGAAAGGACGUUCCUCUUGGGUCCUCGCUGACUCUGAGCUGCAGUUUCAAGCCAUACAAGAGAGUUCGGCUGAUGUGGUGUUUUAACCGGACAAGAACCAUAACACAAUGCUCUCAAAAUCGCCCACUCUAUACUGAGCUCUACAACAAAUCUGAGAAGCAGAACUCGAAGGAUAAAGUGCCAGAUCUGGAAAAGAUUUGGUUCAAUUACACUUUAUCUAACGUCACAUUCAAUGACAGUGGAUGGUACUUUUGCUGUUUUUCAGUAGAGAUUCCCACAUUACAGCAAGGUUGUAGUAAUGGGACGCAAGUAAAUAUUAUACCUACGCUUCCCACAGACCAGACCUCUCUUGACUGGUGGCUCUGGGUGGUGGUGGGAGCAUCAAGUCUACUUCUGGUCAUACUAAUAGUGAGCGUCUGUUUCUCACUGAGAAGAAGACGACGAUGCAGGAACAGAGGUAUAGAGUGUCCUAUCUAUGCAAACACACGUCCAGUAUUAAGCAAACAGCCCUCCCCCCGUCCAGGGAUGCAGUUGGACAGCCUGAAGACAGUUCCUCCGCCUAAAACCCUUCGGACCCCAAGUCCUGCCAGGAAAUACGAGGGCAGACGAAGCCCCAAAACAUGAACAGCUUAUAAAUUUGGACAGAUGAGUGAAUUUCACUCCUCACCGUUGAAGA